GCCCCAUCCUCCUUCUCUCUCCUCGUAUAAAGCGCCGCAACCCACGACGGCGACGCCGCCCAUGGGAGCUCCACCACGCGCCGCUGCCCCGGCUCCACGCCGCGAACCCUAGCCGCCCGCCCCUAUGGCCGCCGAGUCCUGCGGCAGCCGCGGCGCCUCGCCCCCGCCGCCGCCGCCCGCCUCCGCUGGCCGCGCGGCCGGGAGGCAGCGGAAGGCCGAGGCCUACGCCGAGGUGCUCCGCCGUAUCCGCGCCGGCGGUUACGGCGGCGGCCGCCCGGAGUUGGAGGAAGAGCUCUGGGCCCAUUUCCAAGGCCUACCGGCCAGAUACGCUUUGGAUGUCAAUGUAGAACGGGUAGAAGAUGUCUUACUGCACAAGAAAUUGCUUGAGCAAGCCCGUGACCCCAUGAAUGGGCUGGUCUUUGAUGUUCGUCCUUCACAGGUUGUUACUCUGGAGGAAAACACCGGAUUCGAGUCCUCAACCUCCUUUAAGCAAGAAGAACAAGAUCCCCAAUGCUCAGCAUUUGCAUCAAGAGAUCAAAGGCCUUUGCAUGAAAUUAUAUUUGCUUGCGACGAUAAGCCAAAGCUUCUUAGUCAGUUAACCUCUCUUCUUGGGGAGCUUGGUCUUAAUAUUCAAGAAGCACAUGCAUAUUCGACGAGCGAUGGCUGUUCCUUGGACAUAUUUGUUGUUGAGGGCUGGGAGUAUGAGGUUGACAUACUCCGAAAUGCAUUGAGGAAAGGUGUUGAUAAAAUAAAGUACAGAGCAUGGCCGUUGGUCCAGUCGAUGUCUGCUAGGAUUGAUCACCAGCCAUUGGAGGUUUCUGCUUCAUCCAACUUCGUCCAAAUACCAGUUGAUGCAGCUGAUGUUUGGGAAGUUGAUCCCAGGCUUCUCAAAUUCGAACAAAAAUUAGCGUCUGGAUCAUUUGGUGAUCUGUAUGUUCAAGAAGUAAAUUGUAGUAGUUUCUCUUAUUUUUAUGUAACUGAGUUAUUUGGUGUGCCAUCCAUCAGAUACCAUGGGACGUACUGUAGUCAGGAUGUAGCUAUCAAAGUACUCAAGCCUGAGAGGGUUAGCGUUGAUAUGCUGCGUGAGUUUGCACAGGAAGUAUAUAUAAUGAAAAAGGUUCGUCACAAGAAUGUUGUCCAAUUUAUUGGCGCAUGCACGAGACCACCUAUUUUGUGUAUAGUUACAGAAUUCAUGCAUGGAGGGAGUAUUUUCGACUUCCUGUACAAUAGACAAGGAAGUUUUCAGCUCCCAGAUGUGAUAAGAAUUGCAUCUGAUGUGUCCAAGGGAAUGAAUUACUUGCAUCAGAUUAAUAUUGUUCACAGGGACUUGAAGACUGCAAAUCUUCUUAUGGAUGAUCAGGUUGUCAAGGUUGCAGACUUUGGGGUCGCAAGGGUUAAAGACCAGUCAGGAGUUAUGACUGCAGAAACCGGAACCUACAGAUGGAUGGCCCCUGAGGUCAUUGAGCACUUGCCGUAUGACCAUAGGGCGGAUGUUUUCAGUUUCGGGAUAGUUCUUUGGGAGCUGCUGACUGGAAAGCUUCCAUACGAAGACAUGACACCUCUUCAGGCGGCAGUUGCUGUUGUUCAAAAGGAUCUGAGGCCUACUAUUGCUGCUGAUACUCAUCCUAUGCUUGUGGAUCUACUUCAGCGAUGCUGGCAGAAAGAUCCAGCUCUAAGACCAACCUUCGCAGAGAUUGUGGAUAUACUGAAUUCCAUAAAAGAGGUGGUUCGGAGUUCUGGGCAUCACAAGAGACAUUCAGGUCGAUCUCACUCUGGGAAGAGGCGAGGCUGUUGAUGCGGCAGUUUUGUUUAGUGUUCUACGCCUUUUCUUUGUUGCCCUUUCAUCAUUUUUCAUAGGCCUUAUACUUUUUUCCAAAAGUUUUCCGUCUUUGGUCAUAGUUCAGUGAUAGCUUCAGAAUACGGCCAUAUGAGUUUCUUGUGUUCAUUUUGAGGGGGUCGGUUACAUUUUUUAACUUUUGACUAAUGUUGCAAGAGGAAUUCCACUUUUUUGACGUGUGCCCA